AUGAGCUAUGGCAGCCCAUACAACGGAGAAGGACUGCCGCACGCCCCGUCAUUCGGGUCAUAUGCUGGCCCCUCAACGCCUCUGACACCUGCGGCAGCUCGCGGGGACUCUGACUUUGCUUUGCUAUCUGUCAUAGCAAUGCAGCUGCGGGAGUCUAUCCCGAAAGGCACUCAGGUGAAAGGAUCAAUUCAGUAUCCCUACAGCUUCACUGGUCGUGAUGUGGUCUCCACCAUUCAGGCUUUGGUGCCUCGUGAGCACGCUGCCUGGGCCGCCGGCCUUUACGGUGGUAGACUCGACGCUACGUCGGAGAGGAAGGUGGCUCUACUCGUCGCGAAGACGCUCAAAAGCCAACUCUUCUUCCAUGAGGUGGACUGGGGCCAAAAUGAGCUGAGAGAUGGCGUGGAGGAGGUUUACAUGUUUUUGGAAGAUUCUUUGGCCGGCGCACGCACCCCAGACAUUCGGGAGCGAGAAGAGAAUCUUUUCGAGCGCGAACUACAGCGAGCACACCGGGAGGGCACAAAGCGCGGUGGGGCUCGAAGUGGUGCCGCGGAUGACUUGGAGGAGCUACCGACUGGUGUAUUCACGCCACUGACAGCCUGCUAUUCGCCGUUGUGUGGCAAGCCCGGUGCCCCUCCGGGCACCCACUGCUUUGCUGCCAGCUGUCCGCGAGCGCGAAGCUCCGAGCUGAACACGAGACUUGUCGCAGUUCCACUGGCGGACGACAUCACGCCGCCUGCUCCCGGAGAACUAAGUCGGUGGGGACAGCCGAUGCAAGCUGCACAGUCGGGAGCUGCUGGUCAAAGCCACCUGAAUGCAGCCUGGGCUGAUCUGGUACCGCCAGAGCUGCUGGCAAGCAUUCCUAAGAAAGAGAUCAAGCGCCAGAAUGCCAUUCUCGAGACCAUACAAAAGGAGGAAGAAUUUCUGAGUGACCUCGAGCUGCUUGACGGCUUGUUUCUUUUCAAAUUGGAGCGGCCUUUCGACAAUGGAGACCCUCCUGCCAUUCCCAUCGGACCAGAGCGUGACAACUUCAUCAGCGAAGUGUUUUCCAAUCACACAGAGCUUGUUGCUCAUAUCAAGCGCCUCGUGGAGCGGCUGCAUGUGAGGCAACGGGAGGAGUCUCCAGUCGUUCAGAGCAUCGGGGACAUCUUUCUCGAUGCUGCACUCGAGUGGGGCGGAGCCUUUGACACGAACAUGACAAACUUCCCAUUGGCGAAGCAACGCAUACAGCGAGAGGCCAGCGUCAAUACCCGCUUCGCCUCCUUUCUCGAGAUCUGUCGCAGAGAUCCAGCUUGUCAUCGCUUGCCCAUGGACCAUUUCCUGCAGCGAGCAACAACUCGCUUGCCCAGGUAUCAGCUCCACUUCAAAUCCAUAUUGGCAGAUACCGAGGAAGCCAAUCCGGACCGGGAAAGUCUAGCGCGAGCGAUCGAGAUAGUCGACGAGCAAUGUCGGGCCAUUCAGAAGGGUGUGGUAGAGGCCGAAGUACGAGUCCGGAUCCGAGACUUCGCCUACAAUAUCUCGUCCAAGCGCAAGGGAGGCUUUGCUGACAUGGAUCUGCUGAACCCCGAGCGUCAGCUUGUGCACCAAGGUCGCGUAUACCGCAAGCCCGAGUUCCAGGAAUUAGACUGGGUCGACUUGCAAGCUGUUCUUUUUGAUAAUUUCCUCAUCGUGACACGGGCCAAAAAGCGGGAAGAAGACGAGGAGCGGAGUGCACCUGCAGCUCCUAAGCAUAUUCUGGUCAAACGGCCAAUUCCGAUCGAGAUGAUGGAGCUCUCUGGCUUCAACGAGCCUUCCAUCUCGCGCUCCAUCGGUCUCAGCAACUUCAACCUCCGGGGUGGUUCAGAGCGCGAAUCGCGAGAUCUCUUCCCUUUCACGUUGCAUCAUAUAGGCGGAAAGAUGAAACCCCUGACGCUCUACGCACCCUCUCGACCUGCGAGGGAUGUUUGGCGUCGCAAGUUCGAGGAGGCGCAGGGCCUUCGCGCGGCGGUACAGGAAGCCAACAAGGUUUUUGAAGCUCACACUGUCAGCGACGACGUUUUCGCGCUCCCCAGCAUUACGGCCAUCGAUCCCGAGAAGCCUCCACCAGGGAUCGACACAGGCGCUUUCCAUGGACGGGUGACGUGUGCGGUGCCCUUCUCUACGCCUGAUGGGCGUCACCUCAUUGCCGUCGGCUGCGCGGAUGGUGUCUGGAUUGGGCUGCGACAUGAUCCACGCUCUCUGCGCAAAGUUUUGCAUCUCAAGGUUGUGACGCAGUGCGCGGUGCUCGAAUCUUUUGGCAUCUUCGUCGUCUUGGCAGACAAGGUGCUUAUCUCGUACAGCCUUGAGGCACUGGUCCCCAGCGCUGGGUCCACGAACGCCCCGCGCCCGCCGCAGAAGCUUAGCGGAAACAGAGAUGUCGUCUUCUUUUCCGUGGGACAGUUGAAGGAUAGAACGCUGCUGGUGUACAUGAAGAAGAAGGCUAACGAAUCCGUCUUCAGAGCGCUGGAGCCUGUUGUCAAUGCACCACAAGCAGAGUCCGGCCGCGGAGGGGGAGGAUUAUUCAGCCGAUUGGGCAGGGAGACCAAGAACACUGACUGGUUCCGUAUCUACAAGACCUUCUUCAUCCCUUCGGAGGCAUAUUCGAUACAGUUUCUGCGAUCAAAAUUGUGCAUCGUCUGCGCUCGCGGCUUCGAGAUUAUGAGCCUCGAGUCACUGCAGCCGGGCACCAUUCCCGAUUUCUCGCAGUGCCCUAGAGAUGACCCACUCGUUCAGAACCUCGUCAAUCGGGUGGAUCGCGCCAAGCCUCUUGGGAUGUUCAAGCAUUCCGAAUCGGAAUUCCUGUUGUGCUAUGAUGCCUUUGCAUGCUACGUAGACCGGCUGGGUGAACCAGUGCGAUUGGAUCACUUGAUCGAGUGGGAGGGCACGCCACACUCAGUCGCCUUCCGAGCGCCGUACGUUCUUGCGUUCGACCAACGCUUCGUCGAAGUGCGGGAUUGUUCCACGGGACAACUGGUGCAGCUCAUCCGAGCAUCGGAUCUGCGAUUCGUCUCUAGCGGUGCUUCUCCAGCCAGCGACACCGAAUCCAGCCCCAUCAUUCUCACACAGCGUCGGCGUGCGAGCGGGAGGAUGCCUUUCGACUACCAGCACGUGUUCGAGCUCGUGUCGAACAUGCCCACCCAGCUCGUGCGCGCAGACACUACAAUGACUGCCAAGACGUUUGGCUCAGGAGGCUCCCGAGCGAGCACAGCAACCGGAUGGUUCUAA